CCAUUAUCCCUCCAUGAUUGUAGGCGUCUUUUUAGUACCGUCAUCGUUCCCUUACCUCUCUGCUCGAUUACUCCCUCUCUACUGAUAUGCGAUAUUGACCAUGUUGAACGACAAAGCCAGCGCAGACCACUCGGAGCAUGUCGAGAACCCGGAGCAUGAGGCCAUGCUGAAUGGCGCCCUCGUAUUGGCCAGCCUGUUCAGCAGCUGCGUUGAGGCAUUUGGGCUGAUCCAACCGUCGCACAAAUGGGAGAAGGAAGAACAGCUGCUGUUGACACGGCUGGGUCUUCAGCAAGCACGUCUACUAAUAUGGGGAUCCGUGGUGGGCGUGCCUUCGCCGCCGGCUACUGUCACCGACCGGGCAGUACCCAAGCAUCCCUCGCUGGCAUAUCCGGACCUCAAGGAGCCCACUUUCUUCGAUGCGAGAGACCCGAGACUGGACGAGUCAGGAACGAGAAGUGUAAUUGAAGAGACGCUGAGUGCGAUUGUGGACCGAUCGUCGCAUACUUCGCGGGAAGAGAUGAUGGCACACUAUGGCUUGAAGCCACCGAAGCGAUUCGCACCACGAGACCAAGCUUUCGAUAUGACGAGACUGGAAUCGUUCAGAGAGAAGUACGAACUUCUAAGAGAAGUCGCCGAGACUCGCGCUCAAAUCAACACCCGCCGCGCGAACUCGAUUAUCCGCCAGCCAUGGACGAUAGCAGACACCUCAAAGUUCAGAAGCUUUAUCAAGCUCACGCAAGAAAAGGUGGAUUUCCUCAUUGAUUUGAUGGGAGUGAAACAACGGGUGGACUUGGGUUGCAGGAUGGACAUCAGGGUAUUUGGAUGGCAUAUUGCUCCCGAUCGCACACGGACAAGUCAGGAUAUCUCCAAGCUGAGGCUGCUGCAAGAGAUCUGCAAGGAAGACUACCCGGAAUACCUCGAGGCGACCCAGCAAGCUCUGGACAAUAUCAGUCGUGAGGGCCGCGAAAGCAAUAUGGCUGCAGUCAAGCAGCAGCAAGCCGCACUUGCGCCGCCAGCUAGCAAUAAUGGUGGGAUUGCUGCGCAUGGUCACGAAAAGAAGAAACGGCCUGGGUUUCUGAAAAUGUUCAAGUCGUUCGGCAAGACUCGCGGAACACAGUCAAGACCGGUGUCGCCGACAGCAGACCAAAUGCACGGGCCUGAGCGAUCACGAUCCGAUGCUGGACCUGUUGUACCCGAAGAUGAGUCCCUCAGCCGCGUGCGAUCUAAGAGUGUCGGAGAUGAGGCAGAUAUGGCGGAGAACUUGAGAUUGCAACUGGAGAAGCUGGUCACAAGUACAUCCAUCCGGACAUCAUCGGACGAACGACCGGUUGUACCUGCAGUCAGCAGGCACGAUCAAUAUCAUGGCAUUUCGAGGGUGCCUACGAAGAAUCUGCAUCAGGGAGACUAUUGA